AGGGUAGCGGGCGAGGGGUAGGGUCAGCAGGCCGGUCGCGGCCUGUGGCUGUCUCCCAAGCGGGAGCUCGGCCAGAGACGUCUGCGCUCUCCGCCGGCGUGGGCUCCACUGAGCUCCGCAAGCGGGCUUUUAUACUUCCGGGUUGGCACCGUGACCUCUGAGGGGUGGGCACCGAACCCGGUGGCUCUGCCCACGUUGGUAUUAGGGGAGGUUCGGCCCUCAGUGGGGCUGUGGGGUAUUCCACCGCCUCGCUACAUGGUAAUUCCUAGAAGUCAAUAGAUAAAUAACAUUCUGUCAGUUCUGAAAUGGCCUUUUCAGAUUUCUGGGAAGUGUCUAUAAUGUUGCACUAGGGGCCAGGUCCUCGGAGAGACGGAACCUUGGUUUCAUUUUAACUUGUCCAUGCUCAGCAGCUUCCGGAAUUUGGUUCAAAGUAUUUCCAUGUUUCCCUGUUCUUAAAAGUGCUGCUAGAGAAAGUGGGGAAGGGCAGGAACUCACUGCAGGAUCAGUAGCUGAGUCCCUUAGAUAUUUAUAGCUCAUUGGAAGAAGGACAGGGAUUGGUGGGUGUCUGGUGAUUUAAUAAUAAACACACAAAUAUCAUUGUUCUUAAUGAAUUUUCAUCUUCUAAUUCCCAUAACCUACUAAUUAUACCUGGCUGCCCCCCCAGCAGUCUGGGGAGGGAGUACUAGUAAUCUCCUUUGGCCAGUGUGGAACCUAAAGCACAAGGAUCUUUCAGUGACUGGCUCAAAGUCACCCAGAGUGAAAUUCACUUCACUGGAUAAAUCCCUAGUUGCUGGGCUCUGCAGAGGGGUGGGGGGGUGAAUUCCAUUCCUGGGCAUGGACACCCCCGAAUCCUCACCCCGAUCUCAGACGCUACCCCAACCUUCCCCUGCAGUGAUGGACCCACUUGAUGUUGCCAGAGCCAUCUGCCAUGGGACCUAGAGGGGGCAGAGGCCCAGCUCCAGAAUUGCUACCCCUGCUCACAGCCCCCAUGCUAUGCUGGAGUUGCCCUGGCUUUCCACUCUGCAGAUGGGUGUAGCUGCCUGGGCACCGACCCCGUAUGCCCACCACACACAAAGGUCUUCACAACUCCCAUCCCAGAAUAGGGAAGGACAAUCUGGGGCUGGCUGCAGUCUCCCCUUGCUGCUGUGAGAGGAAUGGGGUGGUCCCUCAUAUAGGACACAAACAUACCCAGGGCAGAAGGGAAAUAUAAUUUCUUCCAGGGGCUUGAAAAUGUUUGAUUUAGAGUCCUGAGCUCUGUCUUCCUGUUUGUCUCCUUCUGCCACUUUCAGAUCUCUUGGAGAGACAAGGCUACAGAAUAACAUCCUCGUUUGCUCCAGAUCAUCCCCUCCUCCCAGGGGGAAGGAAAUGGCUGCAAUGGAGCUGGCUCAGGGGUCGGUGACUUUCGAGGAGGUGGCUGUGUAUUUCACCAGGGAAGAGGGGGCUCUGCUCGACCCCACUCAGAGAGCCCUCUACAAUGAUGUCAUGCAGGAGAACUAUGAGACGGUGGUCUUUCUGGGGUUUCCAGUUUCCAAACCUGAGGUGAUCUCGCAGCUGGAAGGAGGGGAAGAGCCGUGGGUCCCAGACCUCCAGGGCUCUGAGAAAGAAGUGCUCCCGAGAGCUGCCUACACAGGUAGUGACCUAUGUCUGGAUUCUCUCUGUCUCCCAUCAGGUGUUGGGAUGGUGAGUGAGAAUGAGGAGGAGAAACCCCAGCAGGAAGAUGCUGAGCAAGUGGAACCACAUGGAACAUUAUCAGGAAGAUCCAAAGGGAAUAUUUCCGGGAGUUGUGCAAUCCCAGAAAAAGCAAAAGCCUGUGAGACUCAGCAGAGGCCAGAGGAAAACUUCAGUUGCCACUCAAACCUUAUUACACGCGACAGAAUCAACUUGGAAGAGACACACUACACAUGCCAUGAGUGUGGGAAAAGCUUCAAUGGGAGCUCAGACUUUUUCACACAUCAGCGAAUCCACAGAGGAGAGAGACCCUCCAUGUGCUCUGAGUGCGGGAAAAGCUUCAGUCGGAGCUCAGCUCUUAUCAGACAUUGGAGAACCCACACUGGAGAGAAACCCUACACGUGCUCCGAGUGUGGGAAACACUUCAAUCGGAGCUCACACCUUAUUACACAUCAGACAGUCCACACAGGUGAGAAACCUUAUGGAUGCUCUGAGUGUGGGAAAUGCUUCACUAAUAGUUCAGCCCUCAUUUCACAUCAGCGAAUCCACACAGGAGAGAGGCCGUACACAUGCUCUGAGUGUGGGAAAAGCUUUAGUCGGCACUCAAACCUUAUCACACAUCGUAGAAUCCACACAGGAGAGACGCCCUACACGUGCUCUGAGUGUGGGAAAAGCUUUAAUCAGCACUCACAGCUUAUCACGCAUCGUAGAAUCCACACAGGUGAGACGCCCUACACGUGCUCUGAGUGCGGGAAAAGCUUCAAUCGGAGCUCACACCUUAUCACACAUCAGACAAUCCACACGGGUGAGAAACCUUAUGGAUGCUCUGAGUGUGGGAAACGCUUCAAUCGGAGCUCACACCUUAUCACACAUAGGAGAAUCCACUCGGGGGAGAAACCUUAUGGAUGCUCUGAUUGUGGGAAACGCUUCACUGAUAGUUCAGCCCUCAUCUCACAUCAGCGAAUCCACACAGGAGAGACGCCCUACACAUGCUCUGAGUGUGGGAAAAGCUUCAAUCGGAGCUCUGCCCUUAUCACACAUCAGACAAUCCACACGGGUGAGAAACCUUAUGGAUGCUCUGAGUGUGGGAAACGCUUCAGUCAGAGCUCACAGCUUAUCAUACAUCGAAGAAUCCACACAGGAGAGAAACCCUACACAUGCUCAGAGUGUGGGAAAUGCUUCAAUCGGAGCUCAAACCUUAUUAGACAUCAGACAAUCCACAUGAGAGAGAACUGUAAUAAAUGUCUUGAUUAGGGCUGGCCAAAAAAUGUUUUGUUUUGUUUUUUUUAAAUCACAUUUGCUAAUUCCCACAUAGUGAU